GGCGCAGAGCUAGAGAGAGGGGGAGAGGGCGACCGAGAGGGAGGGAAACGAGGGAGGGUACACGGAGGGGAGGGGCGGUGUUCGACCGAGAAGGAGGGCGCACGGUUGUUGCAGAAGGGUCCACGGUCAAGAGGGUGGGACCACGGGGGCAAGAUGGAGGGCUCACGGCCGGGCGGCACCGGCUCACAACCAUGGGGUAGGGAACAGGGCUGAAGGGGGAGGGCUUCCGGCUGAGAGGGAGGGCUUCCGGCUGGAGUAGGAGGGCGCAAGGUGGUGAGGGGGUGGGGCACGGUCAGAGUGGGAGGGCGCACGGUCCAAGUGCGGGGCUCCGGGCCGAGGGGGAGGGCGCUCGGAAGCGAGGCUGAGAUUCGGGAAGCCGCCCCACUAAGCUCACGCGCUCGCAGUCUCCCCCGGACCUCCGCCCCGACAUCUUUCUUCCUGAGGAGCCCGUAGUAUUAGCGGGACAGGGUAACAAUGGUGGGAUUCUGUGUCCUCCACACUGGACAGAAGAUGCCUCUUCUGGGGCUCGGUACCUGGAAGAGUGAGCCUGGGCAGGUAAAAGCAGCUAUCAAGCACGCCCUGACCGUUGGCUACCGCCACAUCGACUGUGCCGCCAUCUAUGGAAAUGAGGUGGAGAUUGGCGAGGCCUUGAAAGAGAAUGUUGGGCCAGGCAAGGCCGUUUCGCGGGAUGAAGUGUUCGUGACGUCCAAGUUGUGGAACACCAAGCACCGGCCUGAGGACGUGGAGCCGGCCCUCAGGAAGACCCUGGCCGACCUCCAGCUCCAGUAUCUGGACCUCUACCUGAUGCACUGGCCCUACGGUUUUGAGCAGGGGGACAACCCCUUCCCCAAGAACGAGGACGGCACCAUACGCUACGACAGCGUCCACUACAGGGACACCUGGAAGGCCAUGGAGGCCCUGGUGUCCAAGGGGCUGGUGCGGGCCAUAGGGCUGUCCAACUUCAACAGCCUCCAGAUCAACGACAUUAUCAGCAUCGCCACAGUGCGGCCUGCCGUGCUCCAGGUGGAGUGCCACCCUUACCUGGCCCAGAAUGAGCUCAUCGCCCACUGCCGGGAGCGGGGGCUGGAGGUGACAGCCUACAGCCCACUGGGCUCCUCGGACCGAGCCUGGCGAGACCCGGCCGAGCCCGUCCUGCUGGAGGACCCCAUUGUCCUUGAACUGGCCAAGAAGCACGGGAAGUCCCCGGCUCAGAUUCUGCUCAGGUGGCAGGUCCAGCGGAAGGUGAUCUGCAUCCCCAAGAGCGCCAAUCCUUCCCGCAUCCUCGAGAAUAUCCAGGUGUUUGACUUUACCCUGACCCCAGAGGAGAUGAAGCAGAUGGGGGCACUGAACAAAAAUUGGCGCUACAUCGUGCCCAUGAUCACAGUGAAUGAGAAACGGGUCCCAAGAGAUGCAGGACAUCCUCUGUAUCCCUUCAACGAACCCUUUUAAGGCCUGGCCUUCUUUGGAUUUCGUCCAGCCCAGGCAGGGACCCAUAUCAAUAUACACAUGGUGGCCUCUCCAA